AUGGCUUCCCGACCCUACGGUCCCGACCAGCCGUACCAGUCAUCAUGGACCUGGCCGACCAACACGCCCUCUGAAUAUUCGUCCGGCAACGUGGUAUCUAACGCGAACAUCGCCUCCCCCGCAUCUUCAUCCAGCCAGACGCCUACCCACGGUUACUCUACUGCCCUGCCGUCGUCGACCCAGCAUUCCGGCACAUCCGCUUACCCCGCGUCUCAGCCACAGGACCAGCAACAGCAGCAGCAGCAGCAGCAGCAACAGCAGCAGCAGCAGCGCCGCCGUCAUUACGGCCCGCGAACCUGCCGCAUCUGUCUCGAGACCGUCUACCCAACGACCGAACUCGACGACUCCUUCGCGAGCAAAGUCUUCCAAACCAAGGCGCGCGUGCGCUAUGUCUCUGAGGACCCGUCGCUCGGCCGGCUGAUCAGCCCGUGCCUGUGCAAGGGCUCGCAAAAGUACGUGCAUGAGGGGUGCUUGCAACAAUGGCGCAAGACGUCCCCGCUGUCGGAGCGCAACUACUGGCGCUGCCCGACCUGCCAGUUCGAGUACCGCCUCGAGCGCCUUACUUGGGGCCGCUGGCUGUCGAACAAGUGGACGCGCAUGGCCUUAACUGCGGGAAUUAUGCUGUUUGCUAUGUUUGUGCUGGGCUUCAUGGCCGAUCCGAUCAUCAACUUUGGGCUCGACCCUAUCGGCUGCAUUAUCCGCUUCUUCUUCGGCAUCAUGGCUAGCAUCAUUCGGCUGUUUACCUUCGGAUACUGGCCUGCGCGGAGCGUGGAACCGGAGCCUGAACCGGAGCCGGCGACCUGGGGCUGGCACUUCAUCAAGGGCUUCCUCUCACUCGGCCUGCUUGGCUUCCUGACCUCCGUGCUGCCCACGUCAGCCGGCUUCCACUUGAUCGAUAUCCGUAUUCCGGGUGGCGCGCGGCGCCGUGGUCGUGACCGUCUGGACUACGUCAACUGGUUCCUGGUCUUCCUUGGCAUUGCGUCUUUCCUGACGGGCACUUGGAAGCUCGUUAACUUCGUCAGCUCGAUGGUCCUGGAGAACGCCAGCAUCAAGGUCGUUGAUAUCCAGGGCUCGGAUGAGCCUGAUGAGGAUGACGUCACGGCACCAACUACUCCGACCUCGCCUACGGCAACGUCGAGAAGCAGCUUUGUCUAUUCUGAGUCUAAAAAAGACCAGUGA